AUGUCUACUUUCGGAGAAUAUUUCAGGGUCACUACAUAUGGUGAAUCCCAUUGUCGCUCAGUUGGUUGCAUUGUCGAUGGCUGCCCACCGGGAAUGGAGUUGUCGGAAGAUGAUAUCCAACCUCAGAUGACUCGCAGAAGACCUGGACAAAGCGCCCUCACCACGCCUAGAAACGAGAAAGAUAGAGUAGAGAUUCAAUCGGGUACCGAAUUUGGCAUCACAUUGGGCACGCCAAUUGGUAUGAUUGUGAGAAACGAGGAUCAACGACCCAAAGACUAUGGAAAUAAAACAAUGGACAUGUAUCCUCGACCUAGCCAUGCAGACUUCACUUAUCUAGAAAAAUAUGGUGUCAAAGCCAGUAGCGGCGGUGGCAGGAGUAGCGCACGAGAGACUAUAGGUCGCGUUGCUGCCGGCGCAAUCGCGGAAAAAUACCUUCGGCUGUCGCAUAACGUUGAAAUCACUGCAUUUGUAUCAUCAGUCGGCAGCGAACAUCUCUUUCCCCCAACACCUGAACAUCCCAGCGCCUCUACAAACCCUGACUUUUUAAACCUCCUGGAAACCAUUAAUAGAAAGACCGUUGAUUCCUUCGUUCCUAUUAGGUGUCCAAACACUGAGGCAGCUCAGCGAAUGACCAAGGUUAUUGAACAAUUCCGUGACAAUCAGGAUAGCAUUGGCGGGACCGUUACAUGCGUUAUUCGGAAUGUACCCGUUGGCUUGGGAGAGCCGUGUUUCGACAAACUUGAAGCUAAACUUGCUCAUGCAAUGCUUAGCAUUCCUGCUACUAAAGGGUUUGAGAUUGGCUCUGGUUUCUUAGGUUGUGAAGUGCCGGGAUCAACCCACAAUGAUCCAUUUGUUGUCACUACAACAGAAGUGAAGAAUGAGGAUGGUACACCCACCAACACUCAACGUCUCACUACCAAAACGAAUAAUUCGGGUGGUAUUCAGGGAGGGAUUUCUAAUGGCGCUUCCAUUUACUUCCGUGUUGCAUUCAAGCCACCAGCGACCAUUGGACAAGCUCAGACAACCGCAACCUACGCGUUUGAGGAGGGUGUUCUCGAGGCCAAAGGACGUCAUGAUCCUUGCGUUGUACCACGUGCAGUGCCAAUCGUAGAGGCGAUGGCGGCUCUGGUUAUCAUUGAUGCAUUGAUGGCACAGAAUGCUAGAGAAACAGCAAAAAAUCUUUUACCUCCCUUGUCUAGGACUAUUCCUACACGCCCAGCGAGCAUGCAACCUCAGCCGUAA